GCUGGACAUUGUCUUGAGGUGAAUCUCCUCCGCCUGUCUCUCCCUGUCCCAACCUAGCCAAUCCGCUCCGCAAAGGUAGUGUAGCGGUAUUGAGAGGUCAUAUAAAAUUGCCCUGGAAGUUGUAUCCACUUUCGUCCAAACUGAAUUGGGCCCCCCCUCCCCCCCCCAGAAUAAUUCUGGCCAGUAUAAGAACAAAAAAUCCGACGCAAAAAAAAAAGGCCCAAAAAUACUCGGUAGCGUUUGAGUGCGAUACCGCCUUAUCCUGUUUUAUUCUAGGCUUUGCUGCGGUGUUGGGCCAUUUUACAAUCUCCUAGGAGGCUCUUUCGUCCGUGUGAGAUCAUUGCAUCGGUGUACUUACUAUAUCCUCUUGCUUUUUCCAUUGCGCCCCAUACCACCCCCCCUGCUAGCUCCUGAAACUAUUUAGUAGCAGCGCACCUAAAGUGCAAGGGAUUGACGCCUGACAACGUUCGUUGGCUCUUUCCCCCGACCCUCUCAACACCAUAUUACUGGGGUUGUAGGUGUUUUGAAGCAAUCUGCUGUGGCCAUGGUUCUUCCGCACAAACUAUUUCUAGUUCACUGCCUCACAACUUAACGGAUGACCAAGCCCAAUUUAUUAGAGCUCCCAAUAGGGGCUCAGCUCGUCUAUCUGGCUGAGGGCGGUGCCAAUGUGAUAUAUCGCAUCGUCUCCAUGAAGUCAGCUAUUGCAUCGAAGAAAGAGUUGCCGCUGGCAGUUAAUGUUGCUGGGCCGGGGGUGGUGGACUCCUAUUGCGUCCCACCCGAGUUCAAAGGCAAGUUGCUUCGAUUGCGAAAGGAUACACCUUCCGGGAUCCCCUAUCAGGAGAUUACUCGAAAUUUCGACAAGAACAUCCGCCCUCUCUUCAAGCCGGAGGAGCUGGUGGAUCAGGAGCUGGUAUACCUCCCACGAGGACUGGUCCAGCAUUGCAAUGAUCAACUGCGUCUCGCCGAGAUGGACGGCAGUCGUUCUAAACGACGUCAAGGCGUAUAUCUCGCCACUACUGAGCCGUUCGGACUUCUAAUCACCGACAUGACCACCUUCAACGACACAGGAAUGGUUCUGGCCGAAUUAAAACCGAAGUGGCUUCUACAGUCACCAUCGGCGCCGGCUACUGCUCGCAGAUGUCGUACUUGCGCAAUGCGUGAUAUGAAGAACCACGAGGCAUGGACGAGGGGCGGGAAACCAGACCGAUCAUUCUGCCCGCUCGACUUGGUCUCGGACAAGUUCGAGAACGUCCUGCGGGCCACUCGGUCAGUCAAGGACUGCAAAGACCCGAAGCGGUUGGCGAAAGUGCUGUAUUGGAAUGGGACAAUGCAGAAGCUUCUCGCUCAUCAAAGAGCACAUCGCGAUGUUGGGCUACACGGCCCGCCGGCGCAGUCUCGGGACAAGUCACUCGCAAUGACCCUCCGAGACUGCACGAUGUUCAUCAAGAUGUCGCGCGACGAAGUGGGAACGGUUGAAAUCCGUCUCGGUGAUCUGGAUCUGAAGACUGGAGCUGGCGGCAAAGCGAAGUACUGGCUGGAAGUGGAGAAACAGUUGAUCUCCGAGGGCUGGUACUUGGGGUCGACGAGCUGUUCACACCUGAGCGAUUGUGCAUUGCAAGGAUUCCGAGGUCAUUCGCAGCCGUCUAUCUAGCAGUUCGACUCUAUUCUAACUAUUUUUUUCAAGGCCUUUAAUCAUUCUAAUAGCGACCGACCCUCGAGUCGGACGUGUUGAGUUACGACGAUAGCAUGACGAUAGACUGCAACUCUAUCUUUUUUAAUAACCUGCAAGCUACAUUCGGUUUUCUACAUUUGGGAGGUAUUCGUCUUUCAGCUGUUCGGUCUGCAUUGGUUUAUGUACAUUAUGGAGUGCUUUAAUUUAUUUGGGUAAUACACCAAGUCUAGAGAACAACUCAACCGUUGACCUUCACAACUACCUUUUGCAAUUGCGUUCGAUCUUAUGUACUGUG